AUGCCUAUACCAGUACGCAUAUUGCUCUAUAUACUGUUGAAAGUGCCGACAUUUCGUCUAGGCCCCCCACUUCCGGAAAAGGGCGGUCUACCCACGAUUAUUGUGACGCCUGCGGAUUCGUCGGGUCCGUCAGAAUUUGAGAUCCACUUCUAUUCUCCAAAAGCCUCGGAAACCACAUUUGGAAACGUCGCCUCUCCUUCGCAGGGCUUUAUGCCUCGCAUGCGUUCCUUCUUUCGACGCUCAUCCCCCAUUGGGCAACAACCACCGACGCAAAUCGAGUCGUCAGGAACCGAGAAAGCCAGUUACCGAGGUAGCGCUUACGAGGAGGACAUAGCCGAGGCACGCUGCAACGUCAACGUCAAUGUUAACAUUAUCAAUGUCCACGGCUCCUCAGCCGAAGUCCCGCGUAUCAUCGUUUCUCGUCCAACGCGCAAUGGAGGCUACGUGUCGAUUCCGCAGGACGAAGAGAUGGGUUGCGACAUUCGACGACGAAGUCUUUCCCAAGAGAGUGAAGACGAAGAGGAAGAUAUUGUGAUGGAUGCCAUUGUCGUUGGCGUUCCGACCAUUUCCGAACAGGAUUGGACUGCGUUGAACAUGCCCUCUGGCCCGCUCCUUGUACAAAAUACGGGGAGUGUCAUGGGCAUGCACGAUUCGACGGCGCCGACGCUCAUGGUUGGUGGAGGACGACCUUCCUUUUUGACACGAAGAAUGAGGACACUCCUCUUCCUCAGUAUCCCUGUGGCGCUCGUCGGCCUCCACUUCUUCAACCACUACAUGCCUUCCUUCUUUGGCUCGCCAGACAUCGGUGCUCAAGAGUCGACAUGGUUCGACGUGCCCUCGGCACCUUUGAGUGGCCCCACGUUUUAA